UCUCCACGCUCUCACUUUCAUCACACUGAUCUCCACUGCUACAUAUACAUUAUAACAUACACAGAUUAUACAUUCUCUCUCUCACAAAAAAUGCAGGGCGCGGGUUUAGUUUUACGUCCAUUGCCUUCACUCUCCACCAAUCCCCGGAGGAUCUCCUCUAGGUUCAAUCCCAUCUAUCUCCCAUCCUCCGAGAAAUUGAUCCUCAGAAAUCACCUGUCUUCGUCGUUUGCGUCGGCUUCUUUUUUGUGCCGGAAAUUUACCUUCAAUUUCGGUAGUUCCAAGGGGAAAUCGGAUGGCAUCAUGGCUAGUGCAACCGAGGAUACCUUCGAGAGCCCCAAAUCGAAGAGCUUUGCCGACACGUUGGUGCUUGGGUUGCUUUUCGCGCUUUGGGGCCUUUUUAAUGUUUACUUCAAUAUCUAUAACAAGCAGGUUCUCAAAGCUUUUCAUUACCCGGUUACGAUCAGUCUAGUUCAAUUUGGAUUUGGGACUAUUGUUGUUGCUUUGAUGUGGGCAUUCAAUCUCUACAAGCGGCCUAAAAUCAGUGGAGCGCAGCUAGCAGCAAUUCUUCCAUUAGCAGUGGUGCAUACCUUAGGCAACCUCUUCACAAAUAUGAGUCUUGGAAAAGUUUCUGUCUCGUUCACUCACACGGUUAAAGCUAUGGAGCCUUUCUUCUCAGUUAUCCUGUCUUCCAUGUUUCUUGGCGAGCCUCCUACAAUUUGGGUGGUUUCGUCCCUUGUUCCAGUCGUUGGUGGAGUUGCAUUGGCAUCAAUGACUGAGGUCUCCUUCAACUGGGCGGGUUUCUGGAGUGCAAUGGCUUCAAAUUUAUCAAAUCAAUCCCGCAAUGUGCUUAGCAAAAAAAUGAUGGUUAAGAAAGAGGAAUCCCUCGAUACCGUAACUUUAUUCUCAAUAAUUACUGUCAUGUCAUUCAUCUUGAAUAUACCUGUUGCACUCUUCAUGGAGGGUGUCAAGUUCACGCCUUCGUACCUUCAGGCUGCUGGGUUGAAUGUCAAUGAAAUCUACACUAGGUCCCUCUUGGCAGCUCUCUGCUUCCACGCAUAUCAGCAGGUUGCUUACAUGAUAUUGCAGCGCGUUUCGCCUGUCACCCACUCUGUUGCCAAUUGUGUUAAGCGGGUGGUGGUUAUUGUGUCAUCUGUACUCUUCUUCCGUACACCAGUUUCACCCAUUAACGCUCUAGGUACUGCCAUAGCUCUUGCUGGAGUUUUCCUUUACUCUAGAGUAACUAGCAUUAAGCCCAAGCCAAAAACUGCUUGAAAUUCCCCUUGGUAAAUGAGCGUUACACGAAAUCUUCUAGUAGUGUAGUGACAUGAUUUUUGAAGAAAUGUGACAUGUUGUGAUGAUUAGGUAGCUAUUAGUUUCACGAGAAUGAAAGAAAGUCACGAAAUAUAGUGACAUUUGAAAGUGUAAUUUAAUUUAUUACCUUUCUAAUGGAACAGAAUUUACAGUUUA